AUGCCAAGGUACUUCUGCUUGGAGAAGCUUGUGGUUCUUGAUCUAUCCAGAAGCAGUCUAGUUAAUGUUUGGAGAGGAAGAAUGCGGAGGAGGUUGCUUCAAAGUGAUGGAAUUGUUGCCAAUGCACCAAAUAUUGCAGCUUUGCGGUUGAAAUUAUCCUUUUGCUCUUGGUUUUCAACAAGGAAAAUUUCGAGAUUUUCCACUUUUUCAUUGCCAUGUUCCUUGGUGGAACUGAAUUUACAUGGAACUCCAAUUCGUUCUCUACCAGAAAGCAUUAAGGGCCUCAGUACACUCAAAUACCGCUUUUUAAGAAAAUCCCAAAUGCUUCAGACACUCCCGGAGCUUCCAUCUAAUUUGCUCUGGAUAGAUGUGUCCAGUUGCUAUUCACUACAGAGAGUCACAAAUCUAAUCGGUGUUGUCAUUCAAGAGGAUUGUGAUCAUUUAGUUCAAUUCCAAGAUUUGAUUAAGCUAGAAUUGAUCCAAAAGUCUGACUUACACAUGUCGAGAAUAAUGGAAACAGUCAUUCUUCAGAUACAGCCUUCGACAUUUGAGGUCCUUCCUCAUCCAUUUAUUGCACUUCAACUCUCUAACCUCGUCAUUACGUGCUUUGCUACAUCAGAAUUCAGUUUCAUGCUUGCUGUUGAUGUUGAAAUGAAAAACAAUACCAAGGGUAAAAGCAUGGUUUUCAGCCCCAACAGUCUCAAAAGAUCAUAUGAAGAGGUGAGAAUGUUGAGUUUGAUAAUGGUGAUGAAGUGA